AACGAUGAGCUAUCCAAGAAUGGGUCCAUUUCAGGGGGACACUGACAUGAAAGGAAAUCAUCUUUGAAAUGAAAUCACACAUCAGAAGUUCAUGAGAGUACUUUGGUUCAAGUCUUGAGGUAGUCUAGUAUGCCUCAGAUGUAGAAUGGUCCGUGGAUUUCUUUUUCAUUCACUUUUAUAUUAAAAUAUUUUAGUUUGAGUUUCAGGGUGGUCCAGUGUCCCCCAGAAGUGGACCCAUUCUUGGAUAGCUAUCCGUUAUUUUAAUGGAGGGACUUGCACUUCAAAAAUGUUUCUUUAGUAGUUUUAAAAACAAAGGUUUGAAUCGAACCUUGUAUCACCUGAACCAAUACACAUUAAAGUUAGUAUCAGUCAAUACAGAUUUAUUUUGCAUUGAUCAUUUAGCUUAUCAAUUAAUUUGGUUCAUAUUCGUGAGAAAUGUAGCCCUGACCCCCGUUCACUCAAUUUGUUUGGUCUUAUUAAUGUCCCGUCCCCAACAAAAAGUGUACAUGCAGGUUAUGCUGUUAUAUCGUCCCUACCAAUGUUGAGACCAAACCUACACCCUUGUAUCGUCCCUACCAAUUUUGAGACAUUCGCGGUACGACUCAUUCACGCAUUGCCGCAAACAGCCUACAAUGGCGCCGUUUUACUUACAGUAUAUACAGAGAUAAGAGGCAAUGUCAAGUGAGUGGAGUAGAUACAAGCAUUCAUUGGGGCCGUGCUUUUAAUUGGCAAAAGCUUUGUCAUCUCUCCCACAGCAACUAUAAAUAUUGUGGGAAGCGAAGUGAGGAAGAAUGACAGGAGUUGAUCUUUUUCUUAACACCCUGUAGUGUACCCAAAGCAGAGAAGAAAUAGCAUUUGCAGCCACCACACACAGUCAUGGUUGCACCACUUCCUAUCAUGCAUUUGGGCAGAAUAGUUAAGUCGCUACAGUAUCAUUUACUGAAAGCUCAACAAAUACACUAGAUGGCAAUAUUUAGUCACAAUGUACAAACUCACAUUUAUCCUUUAAGAAUUACAAGUCUUUCAAUCCGUGGGUCCCUUUCACAGAAAGAAUGUUAAUAAUGUUAAUGCCAUCUUGUGGAUUUAUUGUUAUAAUAAACAAAUACAGUACUUAUGUACAGUAUGUUUAAUGUAUAUAUCCGUCUUGUUUUAUCUUUCCAUUCCAACAACAAUUUACAGAAAAAUAUGGCAUAUUUUAGAGAUGGUUUGAAUUGCGAUUAAUUACGAUUAAUUAAUUUUUAAGCUGUGAUUAACUCGAUUAGAAAUUUUAAUUGUUUGACAGCCCUAGUUAAAUGUACACCUUAUGCCUAACAUAUACAGAACACAACAAAACAGAAUUGUUGUGGAACUCAAAAUGUUGACUGGACAGUUAUGGACUAUGCACAUUAAAUCAUUAGUAACAUUAAAUAUUACACAAUACACCAAAGUAUAUCAGUAGCCGUGUCCUUAAGUCUUUCUGAUAGUUUUCCCCUGACUUUUUUACUGCAAUAAUAUAAUGAAAACCUGCAAUUAUGGCUUUUAGUUUUGGCCACCCCAAGAUUUUAAGUGGCCCCAUCUGACCACCCCUAUGAAAAAUUUCUGGAGGCGCCAAUGCUCCGGAGUGAGGCCUUCUGGAAAGCACAUGAGCAAGGCCCGUUUAUAUAGAAUCUUGGUCAACUUCCCAGCAAGAUCGCUAUGCAUCUUGAGGACAAGUUAAAGUUGGACGUCACACUCUUGUCAAUGCAAUAUGGACGGGAUGGGUGGCUAGAGGGCACCUGUUUGCCUCUUGCAGUCUCCCCCAUCCUAAGACAAUAGCAUUGAAUGGAUGGGACUACAUUAAUUGCUCCAUGCGAAUGUGAGAAAACACAGUCUACCUCUAAUCAUCAACACGUCAUAUAAUGUUUCAGAAUAGGCCCCUCCCACUGUCUUCUUCCCCCCUUGCUCAACCUCUCCUUUGACUCUUGGACAGAGGCGGCACAACACCGGUGCGUGGACCGUGGAGGGAACGGGUAGAAGAUGGCUGACUUAACCCGGCGCGAAAAACCCUCGGCGGCAUCACCAGCUUCAAACCGGCCGCUGGGAAGCUGCAAGACAUCCACCGUCUGGCGACUGUAAAGAGCUGCCUGUCGUCCCCGCUCCUUACCUUGCCUCUAGCCCCCCACCCCCUCGCCGCAAAUAUUGACAGAAGUAUCAGCGAGAAAACAUGGCAGAGAUGGAAAAAGAGGGCAGACCUCCGGAAAAUAAAAGAAGCCGAAAACCAGCUCACCCGGUGAAAAGAGAGAUUAAUGAAGAGAUGAAGAGUUUUGCAGAGAACACCAUGAAUGAGCUCUUGGGGUGGUAUGGCUAUGACAAGGUGGAGCUGAGGGAUUCGGACAACCUGGAAAUAGGCGAAACGCAGCAGUACAUCUCUGUCCUUAAAGAGAACUUGUUGCCAAAAAUUCCAGCUUCAAGACAGAACAGUGAAGUAUCUCCAGAUGGAGCCAACAUCUCCCAGUCUCUGCCAAAUUCCAAAAAUGGGGUCUCAGACCACCCCACCACACCGUCCACCUCUACCAGCAGUACUAAGGAACUUGGCAACCAGCCCAUCACUGUUCCAGUGAUACCCCCGCCACUGAUCAAACCCUCAACAGAUGAAGAUGCAACCAGUGUACAGAUCAUGUGUGCCUGGUGCCAGAAGAUCGGUGUCAAACGUUACUCUUUGAGCAUGGGAAGUGAGCUGAAGAGUUUUUGCAGCGAGAAGUGCUUUGCUGCCUGCCGCAGAGCCUAUUUCAAGAGAAAUAAGCUGGGAUAUUUAAGGAGUUACACUGCGAGAGACGACGAUGGCCUCGGUGGGAAAUUACUCCAGCACAGCUUUACUCAGGACACGCCCAGGCUUGUCUUCAAGACAAACAGCGAUGUGCUUGUGUGUGACUGGUGCAAGCACAUCCGCCACACUAAGGAGUAUCUUGACUUUGGGGCUGGUGAACGACGGCUGCAGUUCUGCAGUGCCAAAUGCCUGAACCAAUAUAAGAUGGACAUUUUUUACAAGGAAACACAAGCAGCGCUGCCUGGAGCGCUCUGUAACCCAGGACAUGGGGUUGGAGGUGAGGGUAAGGCAGAGUGUAGUGGCGGUUUACAGUUGCUCACUCCUGAAUCCUGGGGAACACCUUUAUCGGACAUUCGCCGUAAAGCUCCCUCACCUGGAGGGCCCCCCAACUCUUCAGCUCCUUGCACUUCAUCUACCACCUCGUCCUCAGAUGCCCUUUGCUCUCCAUCCUCCUCUUCCUCCUCUGUCAAGAUCCCCACACCGCGACCCCAUGAAAGCCCUACACUCCCACCCCCUCCCAUACCUACUUUGCAUCCAGCAGUUGGGGUCCCACCAGGGAGUCCGCCAAUGGUGAUGACCCCCCGGGGGCCGCUGCCUUUACCUCUGUUUAUGGAACAUCAGAUGAUGCAGCAAAUCCGGCCACCGUUUCUUCGUCCAUCUGUCCAUCCGGGUGGACCCAAUAGUCCCAUGUCAAACCCCAUCAUCCCUGGAAUAGGCCCCCCACCUCCUCCCAGGACUAUUGGCCCUGCUUCUAGUCCCAUGCACAGACCCAUGAUGUCCCCUCAUGUCCAUCACUCAUCCAAUCCUAAUCCUGGUAUCAUCCCUCCCCACCCUGGUCUCCACAUCCCGGGAUUUACCCCUUUUCCCCCAGUCAACAUGAUGCCCAAUGGUCCUAUACCUUUACCACCAAUGAUGAAUUUUGGCAUGCCAUCCUUGGCCCCAUUAGUACCGCCACCAACCCUUUUGGUUCCGUACCCUAUCAUUGUACCCCUUCCAGUCCCGAUUCCCAUUCCAAUACCAAUCCCUUUCAACCCCAAAUCUUCUGGGAACCAACCAGAAAGCACUGACCCUCUCUCCGGUGGACAUUUGUCUUCAGAUGUUUCAGCAUCUGGGCUAUCUGACUCUCCAGGAUCUUCUGGAGGAGAGAGAGGAAAACAAAGAGGAGAUCCUGAUGGUGUAGAGUGUCUCUCGCCAGGAUGCACAGAUACAAACAGGUUGGCAGUAAUCAACAUGAAUGUGAAGAUAGAGGAUAAUAUAACAAAUUUAUCCCCAACUGGAGACAUUAGACAACUGGAAGGAGUAAUUGAUCUAACUGUAAACCAGAAACCGUGCCAACAGCACAUUAUUCAGAAGAUCCUCCCUAAGGUUCAAGUAAAAAAAGAGGCAGUGAUUGAGUCAAGAUCUUCAACGCUUGAAAUGGAAGUUAAUGGUUGUCAUGACAUUGAGGAAAGGGUCACAUUACCACAUACCCAAAUUAAUCCGGAGUUGUUUGUGGCUACCAGUUUAGAAAAAAUGGAAACAUCAAAUCCAGCGUCCAGCAAAAAAAGCUCUUCUUUCAUAGUUAAUAAUGAAAUAGACAUUUCCCAAUCACCCACUCACUGCACACCAAGGAGCCAACCUCAAUUUGUUUCACAGAUCCAAACUAAUCCUGCUGCCUCAUGUAAUGUCAUUGUGAAUGGUACAGGGUGGCAUUCUCGUCAUGUUCCUAAUUCUAAUGCGGACAGAAAUGGAGACUGCCUUACAUCUGAAGGGGAUGCAAAGGGGCACACAGCAAAUGGUGAGUUGGAACAGGAAGCCCUAAAAGAGAACAAUUGUUCCGUAAGAGAAUGGGAAAAUGUGAAGCGCACUGCAACACAAGAACAGAUGGUAGUGGGUGCAGAGGGUAAGCAUUGCCCUGACUCUAACUUGGAGGAGGCUGAACAUACUUACACCCUACCACUGCUAUCUACCGGUGGUUGUGUGGUAAUCCAGCCUGUGCCAAAACCUGGCACUGAAAAGGCAGCCAUCCUGUCCUGUUCCAUCAGUGCACCAUUAUCAGCCACUGGAAGCCCUGAGCUCGAGCCCCCAAUCAAGAGGAGGUGUCUGCGAAUCCGCAAUCAUAACAAAUGAGAUGGAUACUCCAAGGACCGCUGUGCCAACCAUGCCACAACCCACACUGCAUAAUACACAUAUACAUGUGUCCUUGUUAUCAUCUAAUCUACCAGCAUCACAACUCGCCUUUGACUUCAAGUCAAUAAAAUGUGUAUUCACGAACCUGAUGCUUUCAUGGAAAGUCUUGAGGAAUCUGUCAGUGGGACCAACUGACAGCAAAGCUCAAUGCACAAUGGCCCCAUGUACAGUAACUUUAUCAGUACUCUUUGAUGAUUCAGGUGUUCACUUUGUUGUCUGCUAUCGAUAGAUUGCAAAGCUGUUUGAAAGUUUGUGAGGGAGAUAGUUUAUACAACACGACUGUUGUCCAAUUGAAGUCAUAUAAAACAUUUAAUCCUUACUGCAGUAUGUCACUGUAGCCUCACCCAGCCCCCAAAACAGAAUGGUGUACCUUUCUUUUUGGCCUUAUGAUUAGGGUUGCACCAAUACUGUUACAGCACUAAAAUGACGUCAUAGGUAUUGUGAGUACAAAGAAAUAACGUACCGAUGCUGUGCAACAUCAACUUUAGUAGAUCUGGUUUCCGACCGCUGGUCGCCAUACCCAAGUUUGCCGCAACCUGCUGUAAAAAAAUGGAAUGGUUGUUGCCCUUCAAAGAUGAUGAUAGAAGUCCAGUUGUGUGGCACCUAAUCAUCCCUCUGCUAUGAAUUGAAAUGAGUUCAUCACUAGUAGACAUCCUAGUCAUUUGAAGUGAGAGGGCUGGCAGUCGUCAAUGGCAGACAAUGAGUUAAGCAGUGUCUGUCCCAGUCAUGAUAACAAAUGUUUGUAUUAAUCCUUCUAAAAAAAUUAGCAUAUUGUGAUAAAGUUCAUUAUUUUUCUGUAAUGUACUGAUAAAAAUGAGACGUUCAUAUAUUUUAGAUUCAUUACACACAACUGAAGUAGUUCAAGCCUUUUAUUGUUUUAAUAUUGAUGAUUUUGGCAAAAAAGUCAAGAAAAAACAAAAAUCCCUAUCUAAAAAAAUUUGCAUAUUUCAUCCGACCAAUACAAAAAAGUUUUUUUUUAAGACAAAAAAAGUCAACCUUCAAUUAAUUAUAUCAGCUAUGCACCCAAUACUUGGUCGGGAAUCCUUUUGCAGAAAUGACUGCUUCAAUGCGGCGUAGUAUGGAGGCAAUCAGCCUGUGGCACUGCUUCGAUAGCGGCCUUAAGCUCAUCCACAGUGUUGGGUCUGGUGUCUCAACUUCCUCUUCACAAUAUCCCACAGAUUCUCUAUGGGGUUCAGGUCAGGAGAGUUGGCAGGCCAAUUGAGCACAGUAAUGCCAUGGUCAGUAAACCAUUUACCAGUGGUUUUGGCACUGUGAGCAGGUGCCAGGUCGUGCUGAAAAAUGAAUUCUUCAUCUCCAUAAAGCUUUUCAGCAGAUUGAAGCAUGAAGUGCUCCAAAAUCUCCUGAUAGCUAGCUGCAUUGACCCUGCCCUUGAUAAAACACAGUAGACCAACACCAGCAGCAGACAUGGCACCCCAGACCAUCACUGACUGUGGGUACUUGACACUGGACUUCAGGCAUUUUGGCAUUUCCUUCUCCCUAGUCUUCCUCCAAACUCUGGCACCUUGAUUUCCGAAUGACAUGAAACAUUUGUUUUCAUCUGAAAAAAGUACUUUGGACCACUGAGCAACAGUCCAGUGCUGCUUCUCUGUAGCCCAGGUCAGGCACUUCUGCCGCUGUUUCAGGUUCAAAAGUGGCUCUAACACAUGCCUGUGCACGGCUCUGGAUGUUUCUAUUCCAGACUCAGUCCACUGUUUCUGCAGGUCCCCCAAUGUCUGGAAUCGGCCCUUCUCCACAAUCUUUCUCAGGGUGCGGUCACCUCUUCUGGUUGUGCAGCGUUUCCUGCCACACUUUUUCCUUCCCACAGACUUCCCACUGAGGUGCCUCGAUACAGCACUCUGGGAACAGCCUAUUCGCUCAGAAAUAUCUUUCUGUGUCUUAGCUUCUUGCUUGAGGGUGUCAAUGAUGGCCUUCUGGACAGCAGUCAGGUCGGCAGUCUUGCUCAUGAUUGCGGUUUUGAGUAAUGAACCUGGCUGGGAGUUUUUAAAAGCCUCAGGAAACUUUCGCAGGGGUUUUGAGUUAAUUCGUUGAUUCAGAUGAUUAGGUUAGUAGCUUCUUUAGAGUACCUUUUCAUGAUAUGCGAAUUUUUUGAGAUAGGGAUUUAUUUUCUUUCUUGACUUUUUUGCCAAAAUCAUCAAUAUUAACCCUUUAACACCGAACGUGUCGGCAGCGACGCGUUUACGCAUAUCGUCUUUGAAGCUUUGUCACGCUGUAAUUAACGUCACCCACGUGCCGCUGGUUGGUCUCAUUUGAAAGUGUGGAAGUUGAUGUCCACACCAGUUUUUAUUUGAAGUCAAUCGACCAAGAAAAACGGGAGAUAAUGUCAUUUGAGUUUUAUAGUUUUAUUGCACUCAUAAAUAUGCAUUCAAACGCUGCAUGGACCAUGUAUCUAUCUCCAUAUUUCCAUCAUUUCUUGUCUUUUUUCAAAACCGAAAGCAGCAAAAAAGACUACAUAUCCCAAGAUCCGUUCUGAUGUCAAGAAGGACGAACCGAAUGUGAUCAUUUUUAAUAAAUUUCCAAACGAGGCGCCAACUAAUGAAAGGGAGGCAUGCGACGCAAGCAAUGUUUGGUUUGAGCGAGCGACUUUGAAACGUGCAGAAUGAAUAUAAAACUACAUUUAGCGCAAGCUAAUGCAUUAUUUCAUUAACUCAAGGAGGAAGAUGAGCCGUAUUUGUCGUCUUUUUCUUUGCAUGAGUCGGCGUCUCGGCGAAUAGAAGUGACGGCAGCGCGCAAGCGGCAAAAGAGUAGGCUGUUUGACGUUGUGUGUGACGCAGCUCCAUGACCUGUUCAAGCUUUAUUGAGUGCGCAAAAAAAAAAAAAAAAAACUUUAUUGGGUCGCAUGCCUGCAAAUUUUGAAUAGAACUGAACUACUAGUCAAUAUUAAAAAAAAAAAAAAUUUUUUUCAAUGUUAUAUAUUUUUUUUCUUUGCUAUGAUCUUUUCAAUUUUUAUGUAGAUGUGUGUUCGAGAAGCUUGAUUGCAUGUAGGUAUAUACUUUUGAUAAGGUGAUGGGCCUUACAACACCUAACUUCACAAAAUGAUGUCCUCCAAACCCUUUUUGUGUUAGAUGAUAUAUAUAUAUUUUUUUCUCACUAUUUUGCACUGUAUAUAACCUGUUUUGACCAUAGUAUGUGCAAAGGCCAAAAACGCCUAUGACCAUACCUGCUGUUUGUGUUGAAUUGUCAAACAUAAAACUAAUCAAUCUAUCAAAAACUAUCAAUUUUUUUCAAUUGAAUGUUUAUCCUAACAAGUUGAAUAAAUAUGAUCAAGCUUCAAAACGGUUGGUCGAGCAUGUUUGGUUGUCAGUGGGACAUCAACAUUACAAAUUUUGAAAAAAGAUUUUGGGAUUUUUUUGUCUUUUUGGAUCCAAAAUGUGGAUUAAAAUUGAUCAGUGAAGAAAACAACAGUUUGGACAUGAAGUUCAAGAUGUCCUGAAAAAAGGGACCCAACUUGGUCAUUGUAAACAAUUUUUUCUUUGAAAUAUAAAGGCAACAUCAAAUGCAUGCAAAUUCGGCCAAAAUAGGCUUAGGUGUUAAAGGGUUAAAACAAUAAGAGGCUUGAACUGGUUGUGUGUGAUGAAUCUAAAAUAUAUGAAAGUCUAAUGUUUAUCAGUACAUUACAGAAAAUAAUGAACUUUAUCACAAUAUGCACAUUUUUUGAGAAGGACCAGUAUGUUUUCAAAAAACACGGUAUUGGUACAAUAUCGGGAUCGCUCCAUACCACAAAGCUGGGGGUUGGGGUUGGAAUUGGUAUUGGGAGCCAAAAAAAAAAAAAAGGUAUUGGUGCAAAACUACUUAUUGUGACAACCAGAAAAGUGCACUUGGCAACCCAACAAAUGAUGGGAGCAGCCACAAACAUCAACAACAGAGUGAACGCCCACUUACUAAGGAUUCAAUGAAUAAUCAUCCAUGAAUAUAAAUGACACAACAAAUGACAUGUCAUCAAGAUAUUGUGCAACCUUAAGAUUUUUCUGUGGCUUUCACAUUUUUGUUUUUGGUCUUAAAAAUGACUGAAUUUAGAGUAUUAUUACCGACUUCUACUGUUUUAGAGUUGUGACGGCAUGGCAGCUGUAAUGGUGAGAUUCCACUGCAGGCUAGUACUUUUCUAUAAUACAUUAGCAGUGCUGUUACUGUCACUGUCACCGGGCACUUUGUGACUGAUGCACUGAAUUGAGACAGGGCUGAGAGAAGCCAGCUUUUAUAAAUAAUUGUCUUGGCGCCUUCUAAGUAAAGUAACGCGGAAAUAUUGAUAAGACGAAUCACACUCAAGAAAUUUAUAAAUGUUUGCUUGGUGUUUUAUGUGAGACUACCAAGUAACUUGGUGUCUGUAGGAAAAAGUAACGAAUUAUACAAUGCGUUUGGGUUUUGGUUUGUGAAAACAAACAACGUACUUUGCUAAAUUGGAAAACAGAUUGAUGAAUCUGAGUUGCCAAAUUAACAAGCACUUAGCAUAAAAAUGAAAUGCCUGUUACAUGUGACAUUAGCAAUCUGCUUACACUUUCUUGUUUUCUAGCUGUUUUUUUUUUUAACUAUCACGGUAAAAUUUUUGUAUUUCCAAAUAAUGACAUUAUUUCUGGGUCUUACUUAGUCCUGGAAUUAAACUUCAUUUUGUACGUGGGAUGUGUGGGGGAGGUAGGUGCAAGCAGAAGUGGAGAUUGCAGAGUGCAAUCAUCUGCUGCCUGUUAGUCAUGCAUUUAGCUUCACAUAUCUGCUUGCCAAAGCCUUGUUUUGGUGUCACUUGAAGUAUUUCCUUUCACUUCACUCCAAUCAAUGCCAAUGCCAGUGAAAAGGGGCUUCUGAAGCUGCCCUUAUCCACUUGCUUUUCCUGUAUUCUAUUAAAUACCACGGUGUUUAUAGUCAUUUAUACUGAUCAAAACACAGAUUAUUUACAUUUAAUCUUUGUCAUAUUGAUAAUACUGGCUUUUUUGUGAACUUAUCAAACUGUUCGGCAUUAUUUUUGUUUCAUUUCAAAAUUAAUUCUCAAUUGGUGGUUAAUCAAAAUGGUUUUGAUGAACCCGUUCAGAACCACCUUGUAAACCGUUUGUGUAUACUGGGUAUCUGAAAGCUAUAUGUAACAUACACUGUAUAGCACUGCAAAUGUUAAAAGUGAACGCCUGUGAGACAUUCCAAGUGAUAUAGGAUAGACAAAUUGUUAAGGUGUUCUUAGAUGGCAUCAUAGAUUGAUCCAUGUUCGCCUUGUCGCUAUCAGGAUAGAAUGAUGAAUGAUACAGGAUUUACUUUAAUCACAGAAUGGACUUUUCCAAUAAAGACACCCUCAGGGCAAUAUCACCUCUAUUCAUGACAUACACAUACGGUAAAUAAAAACUCCAAUAUGGUCUAGAAUAAUAUGCAAAAGAUCCAAGGUCAACACUGGUUGAGCUCUGAUUUGUUGGUAGAAUACAAUAUUCAGAGUAAACUUUUCCAAAUUAUUCCAGGGGUCAAAGUGGUGCUAUCGUAACAUUUUCUUUUUCUUUUUACAUUCUUAUCUUUCACAUACAGACCCUUUUCAAAGAAUCCCAAAAUUCAUGGAUAUGUUUAUAUCUUUCCGUAAUUUGGACUUUUCCAUUCUAUUCUGAUUCAUGAUAUUACCGGUAUUUUGAUUUUUUGUUGUUGUUGUUUUUAAUGGUUUGACAUGCAGAUGGUAAAUCUCAGUGUCUUGAAAGGCUGUAACAGUUUUAAAGUUUUAUCAUUCAUUUAUCCUGUAUCACGGCCAAAGCUUUUUUGUUUUUAUUUUACAUUUUUUUACCCUUUGUAAAUGGCAUAAAUGAUAGCCAAAGAAAAAGCCAAACACUUGUGAAAUUUCCGCUCACUGAUAUCUUGUCCCACAAAGUUGCUUGAGGUGUACCCCUAACUCUGCUAUGAGGAGCAUUGCCAUUACAAUGUAAAGUGUCUGGGCUCACAAAUUUAAUACAGCGGAAAUGGAGUAUCACUGUGUCCAAAUUGUGAAACAUCUCUUUGCUAAUUAUGUUAUGUCCUCUAAAUUUCCCAUCUUUGUGCUAUGCAGCUGCACCGCAGCUUAUUUUUAACAGCAACAUUAAGAGCGACAAAUUUUUAAAAUGUCAAAUUACAAAUCCAAACUUUGCAUCCCAAAAACAAAAGGCUUGUUAACAGUUUUCUGGAUUGUGUUCUGUGUUCCACUACAGCUCCUUUUUAACAUGCAUAUUCUCACUCUCUCUUGCUUUCUCUUUUACACAAAAACACAAUUUUUAGUUUGUCUUGUUCUUUUUGCACAAUAUUGCGGUGCCAUUGUAAAAACUAUGAAGCUGAAGAUAUUGACAGGUCAUUACUAAAUGGCUUCACAGAUUCAUUGUUUGUGAUUGAAAACAAAUCUGAUCAACCUAUUUCAAUGAUAAACUGCAGGCUAGACCAAUCGCUAUGAAUUAUGCAAUGACAACCAACCCUAAAGAGACUAGAAAUCAAAAACUUCAAACUGUUUCAUCAAGAACAACAGCGAAGUUGCCUUAUCUCUUGCUUGUAUAAUCUCAACAGUUAAGACAAUGAUGUUCACAUUCUAAAGAGGACUCUCCUAUCUUUGUACUAAAUGAAAUUGAUCAGAAACAACUUUGUUCUCUUGUGUAAAUGUGUAGCUGAUCAUUUUUUUCUGUAACUUGUAUGAAUCUUCACGUUUUCUCUCAACCUUAACGUCCUUGUUAUCAAUCAUCCGAAAUACAUUGUGGUAAACUGUCAAUCUUUGUGUACAUUUUAGGUUAUUAUUUAUUGUUGACAUGUUUUGUCUUGUCAAAUAACAAAACAAGUCACUAAGGUUUAAACUGAAUAUGUAUUUCAGUGUAAAUGCCUGGAGAUCAGUGACGUUCUUUUAUAGGCUGAUUAUUAAAAACACCAGUACAAGAAGAUUUUUUUUUUUAUUAUGUCGCCAAAGUUGCUUUGGAAAAUAACUUUUUUUGUGUUGUAACAGUAUUUGUUAGUGAAUUGCUUAUGAAGAAAAAUAAAUAAG